AUGGCUUCUCAAUAUCCAGUGCCGAACACUCCUCGCGUAAUCUCUCCUUCGCCCACGCCGUCCGAGACCAGCGGCAAGGAGGGCUACUUUCCACCCACAACGCGAGCGAAGAGCCAGCGCAUGAGUUCUGUGGAACCUAUUCAAGAGCAAGCAAAUCAUAAUGAGCUUGGAGUUCACGAGGAGACAGAUCCAGAUCUUAUGCGAGCGCGUAGUAGGAGUAGGAGCCCACAGAUCGACCGAAGAGCGACGCCUAUCAUGACGGCCAAUGGAGGAAUCACGACCAGCGCAAAGAUUGGAAUGCCCUCGGCGGCAGCUGGUGGGAGAAUACGAAAGAAGCCGGACGAGAAAAUCGUGCCGAAUGGAGCUCCCAAGCAGAUGGGCUUCCUUUCACCAACGAGCGCGUAUCCUUCGGGAUUUGGAUCAGCAUAUUGGAGGAAUCUGAGCAGAAGUCCUAGUCCGCUUGGCCUGAUCCCUAUACAUCGAGAAUGGAGAGACUUUAUACACAAGCAUGAAGUGCCGAGGAAGGUUCUGCAUGUCAGCAUUGGAUUUGUUACACUUUGGCUAUACUAUGAAGGAGCGCAAACAAGUCAAAUACACCCGGUCUUGCUUGGACUUCUUGUGCCAAUCUUCAGCGUGGAUCUGAUCCGAUUUAAGUGGCCUGCGUUCAACAGACUCUACAUUCGAUGUCUCGGAGCUUUCAUGCGAGAGAGUGAAGCACACGACCGAUUUAAUGGUGUGAUCAGCUAUCUGGCCGGACUUUGGGCGGCGAUGUACUUUUGCAGGAAAGAUGUGGCAGUAAUGAGUGUGCUGCUGCUAUCAUGGUGUGAUACUGCAGCGAGCACUUUUGGCAGGGCAUUCGGAAAGUAUACGCCUCGAAUUCGGAAGGGAAAGAGCUUGGCAGGCUCGAUUGCGGCUUUCACAUUCGGUGUUGGAGCGGCGGUGCUCUUCUGGGGCUUGAUCGAGCCAAGAACUCCUGACGAGUAUAACGUGGGAGUCAACAGCUUCGCAUACCAGGGCACAUUGACUUUGCCGUUGGAGGCCAGAAAAUACCUAGGAUGGACCAAGUCACAGGCGACGAUAGGAGGAACGACAGCAUUAGGAGUGCUCAGUGUUGUCUCGGGCUUGGUAGCUAGCGUCAGCGAGGCGAUUGACCUGUGGAAUCUUGACGACAACCUAACGAUACCCAUACUGUGCGGCGCGGGCUUGGGAGCAUUCCUGUGGGCAUUUGGUGGAAGCGCAUGACAGAUAGCGAUGCCUUGCAAUUCAAACAAUCACGACUCCUUG